UUUCCAUCUGCGAGCCGCGCUCGGUUUAUCACGCCGCGUUUAUCCGUGUGCGUCUCGCCGGUCAACUCGUCCUCCUCCAACAUUUUCAAGUCGUGCGCUUGGCGGGUUGCGGAUGCGCAUUAGUGGAAGUCAUGAAAUCAAACGAUGCAUAAAACACCGCGACCCGUGGUGGGUGUAAGCUGAAGACGUCCAGCUGAAAUGGGGGGGAAGAACGAUGUCUGCGUGGGGCGCAUUCAGAGCGGCUCACCCCGUGGGAGCCUGCGAAGCGUGGAGCCCUCCACCGGAGAAGCCCCCGACAGAUGGCCGCGACCACUCGCUGUCGGUCAAAGAGCUGGUGCUGGACAACUGUCGCUCUAACGAAGGCAAGAUCGAGGGCCUAACGGACGAGUUCGAGGAGCUAGAAUUUCUAAGCACAAUCAACGUUGGUCUGACAACAGUUGCUCACAUGCCAAAGCUAAAGAAACUGAAAAAGCUUGAACUCAGCGAUAACCGGAUCUCAGGAGGGUUAGAAGUUCUGGCGGAUAAGUGUCCGAACCUCACGCAUCUCAACCUCAGCGGCAACAAGAUAAAAGACCUCAGCACAAUAGAACCAUUGAAAGAACUGGGGUCUCUGAAAAGCCUUGAUCUGUUUAACUGUGAAGUAACAAAUCUGAACGAGUACAGAGACAACGUGUUCAAGCUCUUACCGCAGCUCACGUACCUGGAUGGGUACGACAAAGACGACAAAGAGGCUCCUGACUCCGAUGCCGAGGUUUACGCCGAGGGCUUAGAAGAUGAAGAGGAAGAUGAAGACGACGAGGAAGAGUAUGAUGAUGACGCUCCACCUGGAGACGAGGAGGAUGAAGAGGGAGAUGACGAUGAAGAGGAGAAUGAAGAAGAGGAGGAAGAGGAUCUGAGUGGGGAGGAGGAAGAAGAGGAAGACUUGAAUGACAAAGAGGUUGACGAUGAAGACGAUGAAGACGAAGAGCGAGGUCAGAAGAGAAAACGGGAGCUGGAUGAGGAGGGGGAGGAGGAUGAAGAUGACUGAGACUCCGUUGUAAGCUAAAUUGUGAAUUGUUUUAUACUUGUAUCUCCCAGUCACUUCCCUACAAACCCAGAAAUCUUUGCCCUCAGUUAAUUUGCAGUAGGAGUGUGUUUUUAUUAUUUUUCUUUCCUUUUUUGUUUUGUUUUUUUGGAUGUGUUUUUUUUUUUUUUUCUUGAUUAUUGGCCAGUCAGGUUGACAGGGGGACUUCCCGAACCUCUAAUAAUCCCAUGUUCCAGUCUCUACAGUCCACUUUUACCUGCUUUGUGGACACCCGUUUUGUAAUAUCAAACAAUAGCAGAGAUAAACCUUUUUUUUUUUUUUUUUUAAGAAUGUUUUUUUGUUUUCUCACUGUUUAUGUAAGACAAGUUUGAGAUAAUUUAUGCAUUUUAAAUGGCUUCCCCUUCAAAAACAAAAUAAAAAAAAGAGUGCAUGUCUUUUACAUUUUAAAGUCAACUACUGGAUUUGAUGUACGAGUGUCCUCUCCUCGUCUUAUACGUUCUGUUUUGCAUCGUCAUUUUUUUUUCUCUUUUUUUUUUUUUUUAUUUCCUCUUAAGAUGUUAUGUAUUUGCAGUGUCACCAGUAAGCCAAUACCCUCUGCUGUCCUGGUGUGAAACUUUUUGUCUGAACGUGCUCGGUGUGACCCAGGCAGGGCUUUUUUUAAAAGAAAAAAAAAAAAAACGAAACAAAUUCUGGCACCAACAUGUCUGCCUUUGUCAAAGCCGCUCCUCCUCCUUAAACCCUCAGCUUUGAUAGUUCGGAAAUUACGUGUUCUUGUAAAUAAUGACCAAAUCUAUUUUUUUGUAUUCCCUUUGACGACGGCAGACAUUGAUCAGACAACUGAGGUGAAACUUUGAAUUGUAAUAAGAUAUUAAAUAUGUAUGCUGCUUUAUAUAAAAUACGCAGUGUGAAAUUUCUUGGAUUUGAACUUUGUAUGCAUAAUCUUUCCAUGAAAAGACAAUGUUUGACAUCAGAACUUAUUGUUUAGCCCAUGUUGUUCUUUUUGUUUUUUGUUUUUUUUGGUACAUGAAGGUGACCAUUUUGAACUGGUCCUGCUAGUGUAGAGAAGUAAUUGGUAUGAACUGGAGGUUACAAUUGCAGUGUAAAUGCAUUUAAAUGCCAUUUCAAAGUGUAAAAAUUGGAACACCGUCAAUGAUUUGGACUUUGUUUGCUCUCGUAAUUGCAAUGGUGAAAAUUGGCCUACCUCAGAAAUUUUCCUCUCUGAUAAAUCCACUGUCAUCAUCAAAGUUGUUUCUUUUCUCUCCCAUUCACUUCAAUAAAUCCUUUUUAUAUAAACUUU